UCGCUUUUUCCUUUUCCUCCCACACGUUGGUCAGCCUCUGUUUGUUUACCCUGGUUUUAAACUGAAGUGAUAUUCUGGGCUCGAACUGCUUCGGUGGUGAGAGUUUAGCUGUGCAGUGCUAAUAGAGAACUUUAUUUCCUUCCAGCCCACCGUUGGGAAAAGUUUUAAAAUAAAAAAUGCCCUGAAGAGUCUGACAGCUUCAGGCAUGUUACCUCCUCGGCUGCACGCUCAACAAAAAGGCUCUCAUUGGAUGAGAAGCACGAUGAAGGCUAUCUAAAGCCAACAGUGAUCAAGAUCCCUCCUUUCCGCGGCGACCACUGGGUUUGUGUGUGUCUGUGUGUGCGCGUCUUCCCGGGCAACACAAAGAACGGAGAUCAGACAAAGAAAUAUAAAGAAACAGCGUUAAUGUGCGUUAAAAAAUUUAUCGCCGUUAAUUGUCGGCUGCUUUAAUGUGAUAACGCAUUAACGUGCCCAGCACUUGUAUAUAUAUAUAUAUAUAUAUUUAUAUAAUUUGCCCUUAGCAUUUACCUAUACUGCCUAUACCAGCCCUGACUCACAAUACUCAGAAGUAGAGGAGCUAAUUACCCACCGUCAUAAAGAGCUAAAAGUUCAACAGUUACCUCUAAAUAUGGAUAUUUGUACUUUUGCACAGGUUCAUCUGUUGUAUGCAUCAAACGAGUCAAAGUCACAUUCAGUGCUGAAGUACAGCUUGGCAGUGGACCUGUUUCAAACGCAUCCAGAAUUUUGCUAAAUUCUGCUAAAUUUCAUUUGAUAAACAUAACCUAAGGUGAUGUGUUCAUGGUUUCUGAAUAAACACUCUGCUGCACUCUAUUUCAUUCAUCCAUAUUGUUGUACUUAAUAAAAGGUACGUUUUAUUAUCUAUAGUAAUAGACAAAUGAUUAUACAUAUGGAUGUCAUUUGUUUUUUUCUUGCUUAUUGUUUUACUAUUUAAGUGUGUUCUUUUUGUUGAUAUUUUUGUUUUUCUCUUGUCUCUGAGGUAAACACUUUGGCCUUGACGUCAUUCCUGGAUUACUCUUUGAUGAGACCUUCCCCCCUGUAGCUCUGCGCUCCUCAUGACGCUGCAGUUAGAAGUGGGUCAGCUCAGCAUUAGGCGGUGUGAAGGUUUCAGUCUAAAUGCUGCUUCAGUAAUCAGGCUCUGUCUGCGAGUAGAGUUAGAGACUGUUUCAUUCAAACUACAGAAGAAGAAAAACUUUGUGACUUUCAUGGCAGAGGCCCUGGAUUUCAGCUCUGCAGAGGACAGUAUGCUCACACAGUGGAAACCUUCCAGCAGACACAGCAGGAAGUCUGGCUGUUCCAACAUCUUUUCAGGAGUGAACCUGCAUCAGCUGCACAGGCUGUUCAGAACAGCAGGCGACAGAAACGCUGAGCACCGGGCCAAGCUGGUGUGCCAGGAGAUGGAGGCAGAUAUGGAAGGAGAAGAGGAGGGACAGCAGAAGGAGGGAGAGGAACGGGAGGAUGAAGCAGGCCUGGCACAGGCCUUGGUGGGGCUCAGAGUUCGAGCAAGAAAUAAGACCGGACUAAGGUCAGAAGGACACAGUGACCACAAGAUACUCAGAGCAUCGGGGUUCAUCAGGGUUGAAGAGCCUUCAGUUGCCUUCGCUGUUGAGGACAAUUUGACACAAAGUCUGGAAGAAUUUGAGCAGCCGACCACAGAAGAGGACGUUCCAGAGAUACAAAACCCCUUCAAAUCAGCUUCAUGGAGGGUGGGCGUGAGGCUGGAGAGUUCCAGAGACUCUGAACGCUACUUACACCGCAUCCUCCACUGAACGCCACACACAGAAAAGCUGCAAGAAAUGUAUAUAUCCUGGGUUUGCACAGUGUCUGUUGCCAUGCACUCUUCAUAGUAGACCCCAGAACACUCAAGUGGUUUUUCAAGGAAAACGAAAUGUUUGAAAAUCAGUUGUGUGUUGGUUCAGCUUGAAACUGCAGGAUUACUACAUGCAAUCAUCAGUGGAACACUGCGGUUUUGUCAAACACUUUAAUGUUUUCAGACAUAUUUUAGGGGUUUAUACCAUGACUGGUUGAAUUCAUGCAAUAACUUUUACCUUUAUUGUUUAAUGUUCAAAGGGCAUCUUGAUUCAAUUACAAAAAUGAAAAUGUAUCAGCUAAGCCGCAUGGGUUCUGAGAGGAUUUCCAAGCUAAAUGAAACAUGUUUCACAGCAAGUUGUUAAGAAAUCAGUGUUAGCAAUUUGUAGCUGAACUGUGAGUUUUGAAUUUAAACAGCUAGAUAUGAGUUUGAGAAUAAAGAGAACCAAUGAAAAUGAGCUCAUAACCAUGAAAUCAAAAUAUAAUAAAAUAAUAAAGCAUAAGGUGGGUUGUUAUAACUGUGAUUUGCUAUCAAUAAACAGCCAAAAGGCUAAAAUGU